AUGAGGCUGCGUUGUCAGACUUGCAUGGUUGGUGCUUGGAAGGUGCUUCGUGAUGGAUGUCCAAGUAUGCGCAGUGAUCAACAUGUCACACAGGAUGAGAGCGCCCCACGCGUGUUGCAACAGGACGAAGAUGUGCUUUGGGAGCAAGUGCAAGAGGUGAUUCCUCACAUGCUGAAAUUCAACAGGAAAGGACGAGAGGACUCUUCCUUAAGCUCAGUCGGUUUGCUCCACCUUUGCUCACGCAUGAUGAUGGACAUUUCUGAAGCAGAUCUGAAUCGUCUCUUUCUUGAGCAUGACAAGGACUGUGAUGGGGGACUUAAUGCCGCGGAGCUUUUUGAUGCUGCAAAGACACACAAUUUCUUCAAGAACCUCAUUAGAGUUGUACUUGCAGCUGCAGAUUUUAGAGUUGGCAAGGAUUAUGACUAUUGUCGAAGUACGAUUGAGAAUUAUGUAGAGAGUGAGGGAGGUGACGAGGCGGCAGGAAUAACACCAAUUUCAGCUGACAAAGCCCUUCAUGCCAGACGAGUACAGUGGCAGGACGCUGUCCUGCGACGUUUGCUUCCAAAGCGAAGACCACAAAAAGAGCCAUGGUUAAUCCUUGGUUUGGCCAUGCCCGAGGCCUUGCCGGAAAAGGUCUUGGGUUGGCUAUUCCACCAACAAAUUUUGCCCACUGGAGACAUGGUAGAGUUGAGCAUUGACCUGCUCACUCAGCUCUUUCCGGAGUUGCCACUUUAUAUUGAUCGCCAUCAUGGCUUCGUAUCAGGUGCAGAGCUUGUUCGCCACGAGGCAAACAUGUUGGAGAAGAAAGCGCUAGAGGCUUUGAUGGAUGCCAGACAGCAUGUGUGGAUGCCAUGUGAACCUAGCAACACGCAUCACGCUAUCUCCGUCAUACAAGGCAUCCCAAAGCAGACGGACUACAAGAUUGCCGUCAUUGAUUUUCGCAUCGAUCCUCCAGCUUUGCCAAAGCGUCAUAGAGAAGCAGCACGGAAAACAGGGCGUUUGGCACCACUUCCAACAGUUCCUCAAAUUCCGCAGCAGGAAGAGUUGGAGGUGCUUACAGCUUCUGCAAAUUUUUUUGCUCGGAUCGAUUGCAGCAAGGAUAUCCCAGUCUUGCUGCGGGUGGAGUCUGCCGAUGCCUCAAAAUGCUGGCCAGUGCUUCGCAGCUGUUUCGAUUCACAGGUUCGCAUGCUUCAGCCUGGAAAGUUCCCAAACGCAUUGCGCCCACUCCAGCUCUCCAGAAUGUGGUGUGGUAAACUUUUGCUGGGGCAGGCGAAGCUUGAGCCAUUUCUUCAACUUGAUUUGCUUCACUUCGGUGCAGAGAUGGGGUUUUCUCAAUCAGCGAGGAGAUUAGUGGAUGUCCUUGGAGUGAAUGCGCCUCUGAAGCUCGCUUUGUCCAUAGUUGGCAAUGCCAUUCCAGGUCACAUGAAGGGCGCUGUCUUCGAAGAGGCAGAGGAGAGUGUUCGCCUGGCAUGGCUUCAUGGUUGUGCUAGUUCAGGCCUCCCAAGUCUGACUGCACAAUUUUUGCAAGACCAUGAUGUCGCAGCUUCCAGCUCGUUGAUCACUGCGCUCACGGUGGGCUGCUUUGUCCACUUCAACAAGAAAGGAGCAGCAUCUUUGAUUGACCUUCCCAGUGAUCAGCCAAGCCAAAGUUUCCUCCAAUUUGGGCUCCCUCGCUCGCUGUCAGCAAGGGCAAUGUCUCAACUUGGGCAGCGAUGGCAGCCUGUCUCCGAAGAAGAGCUGCUCCAAGGCGGUGCGAAUCUCGAGUGUUGGUUGGCUCCGGGCGAAGCUGUGGAUGGGCGAAUGCUGAUUGGUGGAGCAUUCGCCUACACACUCAUCCCAGAGGUUGCAGCAGUGGUUGGCAGCACUGCCAUCUAUUUCGAGGUUCUUUCUUGA